GUGAGGUGGGGAAUGGGAUGAGAAAUCAUCAUUUAGUUAGCUCACUGCUAGCUGCUUGUAGCGGACUGCCGAGGUGUUAUGAGCUUUGUAGCCGAAAUCAGUAGAUUGUUUUAGUUUUGAUAGGUGCAACGAUGACCCUCUGACAUCAAGAAUGGACAUAAGUUAACAAUGACGGGGGAGAAAAAGAAGAAAAAGCGGCUGAACCGCAGCAUUCUUCUUGCAAAGAAAAUUAUAAUAAAAGAUGGAGGAAGUCCUCAGGGAAUCGGUGAACCCAGUGUUUACCAUGCUGUGGUUGUCAUCUUCCUGGAGUUUUUUGCAUGGGGUCUUCUCACCACCCCGAUGCUCACGGUAUUACACCAGACAUUCCCCCAGCACACAUUCCUGAUGAAUGGGCUUAUUCAUGGUGUCAAGGGCCUAUUAUCAUUUCUGAGUGCUCCGCUGAUAGGAGCGUUGUCAGACGUAUGGGGACGCAAAUCCUUCUUGCUGCUAACGGUCUUCUUCACGUGUGCACCCAUUCCACUGAUGAAGAUCAGCCCAUGGUGGUACUUUGCAGUCAUCUCCAUGUCCGGCGUCUUUGCCGUUACUUUCUCUGUGAUCUUUGCCUAUGUGGCGGAUAUCACGCAGGAGCAUGAAAGGAGCACAGCAUAUGGUUUGGUAUCAGCUACCUUUGCAGCCAGCCUGGUUACCAGCCCAGCUAUCGGAGCUUACCUGUCUGUGGCCUAUGGUGACACCUUGGUGGUGAUCCUGGCCACGGCCAUUGCCCUGCUUGACAUCUGCUUCAUCCUGGUGGCUGUACCGGAGUCGCUGCCGGAGAAAAUGAGGCCAGCAUCGUGGGGAGCGCCCAUCUCCUGGGAACAGGCAGACCCCUUUGCGUCUCUGCGUAAGGUGGGCCAGGACUCCACAGUGCUCCUCAUCUGCAUCACAGUGUUUCUCUCCUACCUCCCCGAGGCCGGCCAGUACUCCAGCUUCUUCCUCUAUCUCAGACAGGUCAUAGGCUUCUCAUCAGAGACAGUUGCUGCCUUUAUCGCUGUUGUGGGGAUCCUCUCAAUACUAGCUCAGACGGUGGUGUUGGGGAUGCUGAUGCGUUCCAUAGGGAACAAGAACACAAUCCUGCUCGGCCUUGGCUUCCAGAUCCUCCAGCUGGCGUGGUAUGGCUUCGGCUCUCAGCCCUGGAUGAUGUGGGCCGCUGGAGCUGUUGCAGCCAUGUCCAGCAUCACUUUCCCUGCCAUCAGCGCCAUCGUGUCCCGUAAUGCAGACCCCGAUCAACAAGGUGUUGUCCAGGGGAUGAUUACUGGAAUCCGGGGCCUUUGUAACGGUUUGGGCCCUGCUCUUUACGGUUUUGUCUUCUACUUGUUCCACGUGGAGCUGACUGACACAGACGGCUCUGAGAAAGGUGCCAAACCCAACAUGGCCAACCCCACUGACGAGAGUGCCAUCAUCCCAGGCCCUCCCUUCCUGUUCGGUGCAUGCUCAGUGCUGCUGUCUUUACUGGUGGCUCUGUUUAUCCCGGAGCACACGGGGCCCGGCAUGAGGCCUGGCGCCUAUAAGAAGCACAGCAACGGGGCACAGAGUCACUCCCACAGCCCUCAAGGCAGCGGGGCCGAGGGCAAGGAGCCACUGCUGGAGGACAGCAGUGUAUAACCACAGCUAUGGGGGGCAGACAGCGCUCCGACCCGACACCCCCGCACACAUGGACAGAUACACACAUUUUACCACAUGGACACACUCUCACCUCAGGCACACAUCAGACUCAAGUGCCAUGAAGAGGUGUUUGUGUCCACAGCACAAAAGUGGGCACUCCUUCCUUAGCAGCCCCUUUUCGUUUUUUUUAAAGCAGGGUAUUGUGAGGACUCUCUAAAGACCCUGUGUAAAGAGAGUGUUGAGUAUUUUUUUGGGCUGCAGUGGAAAGGUGUGUGUGACUUGGCUGAGCUGGACUCUUAUUCUUGGUUUCUAUAAAGCAGUAACAGAGUGGAGCAUACAACAGCUUGCCCCCCUCCUGGUGCAAAACAGAACCGAAGUGAUUUUGGUUUAGAGUGUGAGUGGGGUAGAUCUCAAAUGUUACUAAAUCCCUGUGUGAUUCUUCAUAUUCCUCUGUAGCCAGUGCAGUGGCAACUUUGUCUGUUUGUCCUACGAGAGUGUAACAAACAGUUAGUUGAGCACUUGUCUAAUGGUCUUUCACAAGCUAACUUCUGCCCUGAUGCUCACAGCUCUGUCGAAGCUUCCGAGAAGGGAACACAGUUCUUCCUCUGAAUGCACUGCAGCAACUGUACACCUGUGAGGGGAGUCUCUCUGCAAACCAGUGUUUGAAAAGGCGCUGCCUAAUCUAGGUCAGGAUGGGUCAACCAGUUCAGAUAUAAAAAGCUUCGUGAGACCACGUUUUAUUUAAAUAUCACACUUCUUACAGAGAGAAGUGUGUGCGAGAGAGAGAGACCACUUUAUUAGCUGAAACUGUUUUUCAAUGUUUACUUGCCAUUCUCUAGAUUAGUAGUACAGUUUGGGUUGUAUAUUUUUCUCUGUUCCAACUGAAGGCUAGCUGUGCUUCAAGUUUUUAUUCAAGAAACAAAUGUUGCCUCGAAGUGACUUAAUAUAUAUAUAAAUAUAUAUAUUAAUUACGUAACCUGUAUGAAGACCGAGGUCUGAAAAGGCUCUGUAAUCUUACGCUAUCGCUCCCAUCGGAGCCGUUACACACUCUUUAUUCCUUUUGUUUUCAUCCCCUUCCUUGUUACUUUGUUUUCCGACAUGUAUCACCAUCAUCAGGGUUAAGGCUAAACAGAACCAUGGUUUUAUUUUAAAAGCCUCUGGAUCACUUGGAGCUAGAGUGUUGCUAUCAGCAUGUGUCAGCGUUGGCACUGACUGUUAACGCGGAGUCUUUGACUUAAUAUCAUUACGUGAAACAAUAUCACUCAUGCUGCUGCAGUAGAUAAUUCAAAGGUCAAGUGUGAUGAAGAAUUUGACAGUGGUCAUAUGAGCAAUGGAACCGUUUCAGCGAGUCCCUGACAUUUAAGCUCCCAUACAAACCGUUGUUAACAGGCACUGCAUAUUUCCCUAACAAUAACUAACAGAUGUGAAGCACCUCGUGGAGCUGGACUCGAACUCACUUUUAAAAGGCUUUUGAUUCUGCACAAAAGGGAGCUAUUUGGACAUUUUCAGAGCUGUUCUGCACACGCCCACCUGCACCACCUACGGGGGGCAAAGUUCAGCAGUGGUUCAGACUGGUAACUGUAAAAAUGUUUGUCACUCUCUACGGGCAAGGAAGGUCACAACUGUACCAAUUCUGGCAAAUUUUUCUUUCUUUAAAGCGCCUGUUUUUUAGUGUUUUAGGUUUUUACAUUUUCCAAAAACACCUUACAACUUAGAUUAGGUAUAUUUAUUCAUUAAAAACAUGGGAUAACGGUGCAGGCAUCCUAAUCAAUCAAUGCUAAAACAGAAAAUAAAUACUCAUUAAAUAAAUAUCUUCAUAAAAAACUAGGUAUUAAGAAAAACGGUUUUAAGAAUUAAAGAAAAGUUCAAGCAAGCAUAAAACAGUUUAAAAUUACAGUUUUUGUCCUCUCUAACCCAUGAAAUCUAAAUAUAAACAUGCAAAGCAACCAGGCGGACAGCACUUUAGGUCCGAGGAUACACAGUGACAUUCAGAGCAUUGACAAUGUCCCAGAAUUCAUUUAUAAAUAUGAUCCGGUUAACAAUUAAAACGUAGCAAAAUGUAAAACCUUAAAUGGAGAGCAGAUGUAACCUUUCUUGCUUGUGGAUGGCACACAUCAGCCUGUCUGUGUUCAGGUCUAAGCUGCUGCUGUUACUUCUCUUGCCAGUAGGUGGCGCAGGUUGAACAUGAACUGCAGGUCUGAGUAAGUGGGUGAUAUUGGCUGCGGCUGGUUUUGGUGCUUCACAUCAGUGACACUGUGUUCCCUUUCUUCACAUACUGCAUCAGCAACUGGUAAAUUGAUCCUUAUUGUGAUUUUCCAGAAGUUAAUUUCUAAAUGCCUCAAGUGCAUUUAAAGCCAAAUUACAACCUGAUAUGGAUCAGUAGCUAACAGUGGGUUUCAUGAUGUUUAACAUCGAUCUGAAGACAAAUGUACGUCAUUUAUUUUGUGCCAAUUUUUUUUUUUUUUUUUUUUUUUGGGGGGGGGGGGGGUGAUUUUUCAUACUGUGUGUGUAUGUGUGCAUUUGAGUGAUUUGGAUAUUUUGUUUGUUUUGUGUUCUCUUGUCUUAAUUUCUUUGACUGAACAUUUGAGUUUUAAUGCUAUUUUUUUUUUUAUAGCUUUUUAAAACUUCAUCCAGUCAUUUUUAGGAAUCUAUUCAACAUCGUGGCUAGAUGGUAAAUUAUCGAAUGUCCAUCUUGUCUGUUUUCAGUCUCAGUCUCUAUUUAAUAACAAGCAUUUCACCGUGGUUAGUUACAUUUGAUAUAUUUCCCAGAUUUAUCAGUAGAUAAUAACAGAAGUCACUGAAUGUUCCAAGCCAAGCUGUACAUGUUGACCACACUAUACCCCUCGACAGUUUUGACUUAACCUGUCAUAGUUUUUAUUAUUUCAGAGGGGGUGUUACGAGACAGGAGGCCAUUGUUGUUGAUUUAAUCUCAAUAUCAUACUUUUUUUUUUUUAAUUUAUCAUUUAUCGGACCAACACAUUGGUGAACCCAUGAAUUCAGAUCCUACUCAAAUUGGUAAGAUUCUGCACCAGCCCCACGUGCACUCGUACAGCUUCCAAGCAGACGACUGUAAAUGUACAAAAAUCACCUGUACGUACAGCAAAUGUAUAUAUUUAUUGCUCAAGGAGACGGCCACCUCUUGGUCUAUUUGGUUGUAUGGUGCAAUUAUUAUUCUAUAUUUCUCAAGACUUACCUGCUAGCCACUCCUGUUUUUAGUACGAUGUGGUUUGUGGCCUGAACCCCCUCUCUGUGUGCCUAAAAUUAGCCAAGAAAUGAGUAUGGCAACAUAAGUAAAUGGUGGUUAUUAUGUAAAUAUGGGAAACUAAUGACAAACUAUUUAUUAAAGGUUUAUUGUACAAUGAAA